AUGUCAAAGACACAAAUUGUGAGGACUUUGAGGUCUCUCAGCAUGGAGUCUAGAAACUUUUCGAUGGUAAGAACAUCAAAGGAUACUGCAAUGCUUUCAAAUACAUCUAUCAAGGACCAGAGAAGAAAGACUAAGAUUAUUUUAACACUCCUUUUUGCAAUUGCCCUAACAUCCUCUAUAACAUUGAUGGUGGCAUCCUUCCUACCUGUGUUUGUUGAUGGGAAAUAUGAUGGGAUAAACCUCACCUUAACUGGGUUGAUCAUUAGGUCAUUACUUGCAAAAAAUGGGAAGAAAAAAUGCGAUUAUCUAUGGUAUUACAAUAAUGGCUAUAGCAACUUCCCUCAACGGUGUAAUAUCAUUAGUUUUUCUUUGAUUACAAUCGAAUUUGCGGAGGAUUAAGAAAAAUAUUUAGGAUGGGCUGAAGCAGCAACUGGAAUGGGCUUAGCUAUUGGACCUACAUUAGGUUCCUUAGUUUAUGAGGAAGUUGGAUAUUUAUAUACUUUCAUUAUCUUUGGAGGAUUACUUCUCUUGGGAGUUAUUCAGAUAUUCUUUACUUUGCCAAGAAGGCUUAAUGAUGGAUAUUCAUAAAGUUAAGAUGUUACUUAAGAAAGGAGUAAAUUCGAAAUAAUUCGAAAUAAUAGUGAUGACUCAUAUAUGAAUAAAAUAAGAAUCUUAGAUAACAGUAAUCCCAAAAAUGAAACUAUUAAAGUUACAAUUCCAUUUGAGGGUAAUGAUUCGCUUUCUGAAAAAGAAGUAACAUAUGGGAUGUUUAUAAAAAAUCCUAGAUGUCUGAUCACUUUGAUUGGCUGUUCAAUGGUCAAUAUCCUUAUAGAUUUUUUAAACUCAAUUCUAUCUGUUCAACUAAAAAAUUACUACACCUUAAGUGAGGCUUAUAUUGGCUUUAUAUUUGCAAUCCCAUUUUUUGUUUAUGUAAUCGGAUUCUACUUUGUUUCUAAAGUGGUUGUAAGAGAAGAGAAUCACACUUUGAAUGACAAGGCUUCAGGAAUAUUUAAUGGUUUCGUGGCUUUUGGGGCUAUUAUUGCACCCAUUGUUGGAGGUUCAUUGAGUGACUCCAUUGGUUACUAAAGUUCUAACGAUGCCUUAGCUUUCUUAUCCUCAGCCUAUACUGUUUCAUUUAUACUAGUCUGGUUUUUUACAAGGAAGUAAGAUUAAUUCGAGCAUUUGCCUUCGGUUAUGAGAUCUGUUCAAGGUGAUAAUAGCUCCUAUAGAAUGAAAAGUUCAUAAGAUAGGAGGAAUGGGUCAUCACUAAAUGACGACUCUCCAGCCAAUAUAAAUGAUCAACUCAUAAUAAAAUAAUUCUCCGGAUCUUAUCUCUAAAAUCAAAAACUAUAAGAUUAUAAAGAGAGCAAACUAUCACCUUCUAAAAUGCCCAGACUUGAAAGUGAGCAUUUCACUACUCAAAAAAAUCUUUUAAAACAUGAAUAAGAUACCUAUAUGGAGACUUAAUGA